CCUUUCAAGACUCCACCUCCUGGACACUAAUAUCUUAAGCUGUCCAUUUUGAGGCAUCAAACAGAACUUCCUGUUAAUGCUGAUGAUGGUAAGGCUGUGGCACCUCCUGCUCCUCUGCUGGGCAUGGAGCCCCCUGUGCCUUUCAUCCAGUGUGAGCUUCAUUGGUACACCAGAGGAGUGUAAAAAGGCUCACUUUGUCCCUGGUUACAACUUGGCUGGAGAAGGCUUUGACAUUGUGACGAUGGAGAGAAAAGGCGCCUAUGUCAUCGACACUGAAACGUGGAAACUUCAAGAUGGCACUUGCAGAAUGUACAGAAACAGCUACAUGAAUCAGGUAAAACAGAAGGUCCCUGCUGCAGUGCUGGACUGGAGAAUGCUCCCCAAGUGCAGUUUAUCAGUCUCCAGUACACUCCAUGAUUCUGCUGAAACGCUUGCUAAUGAUUCCACAUCAUCUGUGUCCAAUGACUGGAAAGUUGGCCUUGAUAUUCCUGUUUCUGGUAGCGUUGGACUUGGGGUUGGUUUUGGAGGCUCCCACUCCAAAGAAUCUACCUUCGCCAUGCAAAAGUCAAAACAAGAUCGCUACACGUUCUUUCGCCAUUCUGUCAAGUGUAACUUCUACAGUUACAGACUAAAAGCAAAUCCUCCACUGAGUCAUGAUUUUGAAUCAGUUGUGAAGGCCCUUCCUUAUUAUUCAUCCGCAACCAAGCAUUUAUACCGGAAUUUGGUUGAGACAUAUGGCACACAUUACAUCACACAAGUGUAUCUAGGAGGAGAAAUGAAGGCCAUCACUUCCAUCAAGACCUGUCAGGCGGCCAUGAAUGGCCUGUCAGCUACAGAUGUCAACGACUGUCUCACAGUGGAGGCCUCAGUUAGUUUCAUGAGCUCUGCCAGCAUUAAAACCAUGAACAAACAUUGCGAGGCAAUGAAAAGGAAGUUGAACCAUGGCCAAAGUUUCAGCAGUACAUUUAGUGAGCGAUUCACAGACAUCAUUGGUGGACACAUUAACGGAGCUGAUAUCCUCUUUCAAGGGCAAUCAACAUCCGUUAUGAGAGACUGGGUCAACUCUCUUAAAUCCAUACCUGAUGUGGUCCGAUACAAUAUAAAGCCCAUGCACAUGAUUCUGCCAAGCAGCCAUUAUGCCAUUGCGGGACUGAAGCUAGAGGUGGAAAAGUACAUUAAGAAAAACGCAUUGAUGAAAAAAUGUUCCGAAACCUGUAAGAUUGGAUCCAGAUCCAGCAGAAGAGAUCCCUGCGCUUGUGUCUGUAACGGUAAUAAAAAUAUCAAGUCGAACUGCUGUCCUGCUGGGAAAGGUCGUGCAACAUUGAAGGUGUUCAAUCUUUAUGCAAAGAAUCUAUAUGGAGACCAGUGUACUCAGACAGAUGGUUCAGUAGAGCUUAAAUAUGGUUACCAGAUAGGGCGCACUGCUAUUAUACCAAACAAUGAUAAUCCCAGGUGGUCGGAGGUAUUUGAGUUUGGACCGAUCACAAUUAACAUGAGAGACAAAUUGGUGUUAAAUAUAUACGACGAGGAUAGAUACUGGAACAGUGAUCAUCUUGGGCAGUGUCAGGUUAAACCACGCAAAGGCUGGGUUAAUUACAGCUGCAUGCUUAAUCACGGUACAUUAUUCUUUUCCUGCAAAGUAGAGUGUGCACCGAGCCUAGGUGGUGACUACUGUGACGAGUAUAUCCCCUCACCCAUGAGUCCCGCUUUGGCCAAAGUCUUUCAUACUAGAAACGGUAUCCUUAUUGGAGAAGCUGGUGAGCAGCAUGGCAAAUUAGUCAGGCCGGGACUUGAAGUAGGACAAAGGGAGACUAUGUGAUGCAUACAUUACUUUUAUAUUGUUGCUUCUCAUUUCUGCUUAACUGCUUAUCAUGUGGAACCAUUCCUGCCUCAUAUAGUAAUCGCAAAUAUAUUAAUACUGCAUUCAUGUAUUUUUCCAAAAUAAAACGUGCCAGUAAAGCAGUCACAAAAACAA